CGCCGCAUCAGGUGACAGCCCGGAAGCAGCGGAAGCGGAUGAGGGAAGCUCGGCUGCGGCCCGGGGGGGGCGGUGCAGAGCUGCAGGAGCCUCGGCCUCCUCCUCGCUCCCUGCGAGCCUCUCAUGCGACGCCCUCGCUGACACUUGAAAUCCACUGCUCGCAAUCCUCCUGGGGGUCACGGGGUUGCUCGGCUUGCCGCCCUCGGCGGUUGCAGUCAUCGUCUUGCGGGCCUGCGGCGGUCGCCCAUGGAGAAAAACGGGCGCGGCGGCGAUAGCGCCCCCCGUGGGCCCGUACUGCACAUCGCGGUGGUCGGCUUUCAUCACAAGAAGGGCUGCCAGGUUGAAUUCUCUUACCCGCCCCUGAUUCCAGGAGAUGGACAUGACAGUCACACUCUACCUGAAGAAUGGAAGUAUUUGCCAUUCCUUGCCUUACCAGAUGGCGCACACAACUACCAAGAAGAUACUGUGUUUUUUCACUUGCCACCCAGAAAUGGAAAUGGAGCCACUGUAUAUGGUAUCUCUUGCUAUCGACAAAUUGAAGCCAAGGCAUUGAAGGUACGGCAAGCAGAUAUCACCAGAGAGACCGUUCAGAAAAGUGUCUGUGUUCUAAGCAAGCUGCCUCUCUAUGGCUUACUUCAAGCAAAACUUCAACUCAUUACGCAUGCAUAUUUUGAAGAGAAGGAUUUUUCCCAAAUUUCCAUUCUAAAGGAGCUCUAUGAACAUAUGAAUAGUUCCCUGGGAGGAACUUCAUUAGAAGGAUCCCAGGUAUAUCUUGGUCUAUCUCCUCGAGAUCUUGUGCUUCAUUUUCGACACAAGGUCCUAAUCCUGUUUAAACUAAUUCUUCUUGAAAAGAAGGUUCUCUUUUAUAUUUCUCCAGUGAAUAAAUUGGUGGGUGCCCUGAUGACAGUGUUAUCCCUUUUUCCAGGCAUGAUUGAACAUGGUCUCAGUGAUAGUUCUCAAUAUAGACCCCGAAAGAGUAUGUCUGAAGAUGUUGGGCUUCAAGAAAGUAAUCCCACUGAAGAUGAGUUUAUUUCUAUGCCUGCUCCUGACAUUUCAAAUACCAACUUGGAAACUGUUGAGAAAAUCAUGAUGAGAAACCAUGGAAGAGAUGCUGCCAUGAAGACUGAAGAGCCUUUUUUCCAGGUAGAUGAUGACAGCAGUGAAGGACAGGAACCCAAUGACAGCAAUCAAUAUUUGAAACCUCCUUCUCGCCCAUCUCCAGAGUCUUCAGAAAGUGACUGGGAGACCUUGGAUCCUAGUGUCUUAGAGGACUCCUCCUUGAAAGAAAGAGAACAGGUGGGAUCAGAACAGACAAACUCAUUUCCAAAGGACUCUUUGCCCUCAGACAGUCCUCCGAUUACUGUACAACCUCAAGCUAACACAGGCCAGGUAGUCCUGAUACCAGGGAUAAUUUCUGGUUUGGAAGAGGACCAGUAUGGCAUGCCCCUGGCCAUCUUCACAAAGGGAUAUCUGUGUUUGCCUUAUAUGGCAUUGCAGCAGCAUCAUCUUCUCUCUGAUGUCACCAUUCGAGGAUUUGUUGCUGGAGCUACUAACAUCCUUUUUCGACAACAGAAACACCUCAGUGAUGCCAUUGUGGAAGUAGAAGAAGCUCUGAUCCAGAUCCAUGAUCCAGAACUCAGGAAGCUGCUUAACCCAACCACUGCAGACCUAAGGUUCGCAGAUUACCUAGUGAGGCAUGUGACCGAGAACCGAGAUGAUGUCUUCCUGGAUGGCACGGGCUGGGAGGGAGGUGACGAAUGGAUUCGAGCCCAGUUUGCAGUCUACAUCCAUGCACUGCUGGCCGCCACACUGCAGUUAGAUAAUGAAAAGAUCUUAUCAGACUAUGGGACGACCUUUGUUACAGCAUGGAAGAACACUCACAACUACAGGGUCUGGAACAGCAACAAGCAUCCAGCACUUGCAGAAAUAAAUCCAAACCAUCCUUUCCAAGGCCAGUAUUCAGUGUCAGACAUGAAGUUAAGAUUCUCACAUUCUGUUCAAAACAGUGAACGUGGCAAAAAACUUGGAAACGUCAUGGUCACAACGAGUCGGAAUGUUGUGCAAACAGGAAAAGCUGUUGGCCAGUCAGUUGGAGGAGCUUUUUCCAGUGCAAAGACAGCCAUGUCUUCAUGGCUUUCUACUUUCACCAGUUCCACUCCACAGAGUCUCACUGAGCUGCCUGACGGGAAACCCUGAGCGGAGCAAGCCACCCAGAAGCUGCUGUCGCUUUCUUAGGUUUAAGCAUCCCCUGUCUGUCUGCUGCUCCCAGACUGUUCCUCUUCAUCGACCACAGGUCCACAGCAGGGACCAAUAGGUCGAACUGUUUACAGGGACGGUUGCCCUCUGUGUAAAUGAAUGUCACGGGAUGCUGAAAAGACGAAACCACAAGCGUAGCAGGGACGGCUUCCCAGGUUGGGGUUUAAAUUGACUACUUUUAUUUCAGUCUGAGCCUGAUUGAAACACAGUGAACGUUCUAAUGAAUUCUGAGUUCUGAUAUUAUACAUUUGUUUACUUUAGAAAAGUUUUUACUUGGUGUAAAUUUUGUUCUGUUGUUGCUGUUUGAAUAUCCAGAUGGCUAUUUAUAUGUGCUAAGAUUAAGUUAUAUUACUAUUUUAAUUUCUCUAAAGUGGGCCCUAAAAUGUGCUUACAUUUAACAGUAAGGGGGCAUAUAAUCCAGCCCUUCAUUAUUAUCUUGCUGAGUUAUAUGAGGAUUUUUUGUUUGUUGGUUUUCUACCCACAAAAUACAUUUAUCACUUCACUUCCUCCUAGAAACCGUGGAAGUCAGAGGUGGUAGUUCUGAGGAUGGAGUGUUUUGUUUUGUGCUUUUAAUUUAUUCUUUCCCAAUCCUAAGCACUUGCUUUGAGGUGUCAAGGAGGGUCACUGUGCUUUCUUCCUUUUUCUAAUCGUUCGAGUAGAUGUGCAAAGAAACAGCAUGGUGACGGUUAUAGCGGUGUUCAAGCAGUUUAACUGAGUGUGUAUUUAGGGCAAGACUUUUAAAGAUCUAGGUGUUAGUUCUAUUGGCUGUAGUAAUGUUGCAAUCUUUACAUGCAUUUUUUAACCCAGAGUUUGUGCCUUCUAUUUCUUCUUUUGAACAGUUUUCCAUUGGGUGUUUACAGACUUACAGGUUUUUUCUUAGUCUUAAUCUUCAUAAAGCUUUUCAGGGCGCUUGGCCUUCCUACUUCCCUGAUAGAAAAUCCUCAUGUAAUCAAUCUCUACCCCCUUCCAAAAGCCAGAUGAUCUGUAAAUAUUAAACAGAAAUCUCAUCUUGGCUCACAUUUAGAAAAGCAAGAGAAGAAAACUACAGCCAUGACAUCAGUCAUGUUUCAUGAAGGACACCUGGGUUCAUUUUAGACACAGGUGUGCUCACUACUGAAUAUUUUUACACAACUAGACCUCAUGUGGCUGCCAGGCUCAGCUCUCAUUUGCUUUUCAAGGGGACUUUGGCUGGGUGUUCUCAGGGAGUACUUACAGGCGACAGACUGCUUUUUCAGAUACUUGGAAAAUACAUCAUGAGUAUAAUCUACAUUUGAUAUAAAGAGUAUUGAGAAAAUCGGGGACCUAAUUAGGGAGGACGCUUGAUUAUAUUUGAUUUACCCUUUAAGAAAUGUUUGUAUAAAAAGCACUACUAGGGCGUGUGAAACGAAACAUAGGGACAUAAUCUAAAUAUCCCUAAAAUUUCCAAUUUGUGUUUUAACACAAGUCCUGCACACCUAAAAGCGUACUUCCCUUUGAGUAUAAUAACUCAAGGUAAAGGGCUUAUUGUGAGAACUGUAUUAAUUCCACUUCUGCUAGGAAAGUUUGCUUUCUCAGGAAAUACUAUUUGAAGAGAAGAAAGUAGUACCAAACAAAACUUUAAAAGAUACUUUAAAGUUGCACUGAGACUAACAUCUUAUUUUUUCGUGAGGCCGCAUUGUUGAGUAAAGUGUGAUAGUGUAUCGGUACGCAGUUGCUACUCUCGACCGCCAGGCUGUUCACGGCGCUAAGAGUGCUGUGAGGGGUCAGCCAGCACGCUGCUGGUUCCUCCUUUCGUUUGUAUAGCUUGUAUAAUUGGGGUGAAUUCUCAUCCCUCACUAUUCCAAGAAGUCCAAUCCACUUUGGAAUCCCACUGAAAUAAAACAAGUUACAUAAAGUUUAACUUUGCUUUAGUAUCACUCCCUAUUUUAUAUACACCUUAAUGGAACUUUCUAUUCAUGUUUCUGGUUAAGAGUUCAACUCUUAUUUACAGUGGUCAUUUAACUGGCUUUCAACAUAAAGUGAGUAUUUCAGAAGAUAGAACUUUUGUCAUAGAAAUGGUCAAAAGACCAUAACUCUAUUUCCUUCAGGUUCUAGAAGGUAUGGGCAUCUUCAGGAAGUGCAGGCUAUUACGUUGCUGCUGGGGGGCCCUGGGUCAGCCAGCACAGUUGCAGGCAGGAAGCCUGGCCCCUGGUCCCGGGAGCCUACGUGCUUCAAGUUUGGGUUCCUGGCUUCAGCCCAGCGUCCAGCCUGGAAGCAGUAGCCUCCUCUAGCCACUGGCUCUGUGAGUGGAGCCAACACUGGUGUGGCUGUCUUUGGACAACUCACUGGAAAAGGUGUGUGCUUUGCUUGGCCACAGUGUUUUUGUCUGAGGACUGAGUGCCUUUAUGUAGGCCCGAGGGAGCUAGGGUCAGCCAGGCUUUUUCAGAGUGUGCCAGGCAACACAGACUGCAUCCAUAGCUUGGUGGAGACCUCGCUCCUGUCCAGGUGACUUAAAAAGAGUGUUUGGAAAAUGUCCCUGGUGUGCUUUAAUUCCUGCUAGGCACUGUAAUGACGACAUAGGUAAAGGAAAGAGGGUUGAAGCUGACCCAAGUGUCCUGAGUUAAGUGAAUAGGAAAAGUUGCCUGUCACAGGAUGGCUUAGGGUUAUUUUACAUCUGCAUUUGGCUCAUAUAACGAGUAUGAAUAGUCUAUCCCCAAAUCUGUUAGUGAUUUACUAGCCCCCAGGCCCUAAAAUACAAUUUUCUUCUACUUUUUGCUUUAAGAAACACAGCAGCUGUAUCUUUGGGCAGCAAACCAGAGCAUAUGGCGUGAUUUCCUCAACCUUAUCUUGCUUUCCAAGUCCUAUAUUAAGCAUUGUUUUUUUUCUGUUGUUGUUGUUUUUAGAAUGAUUUACUUAGAAAGGCAAGGAGAAAACAAAUUAGGAAGGGAGAGGUGAGAAGUUGCAAACCCAAGAGACAAGGUCCUUUAAAAUCUGAAUGAAAGUACGUUGAGAGCAGUAUCUUUUUUUCUUUUGGUAUAAAUUUAUUUAUUUUUGGCUGUGUUGGGUCUUUGUAGCUGCGCGCAGGCUUUCUCUAGUUGAGGCGAGCGGGGGCUACUCUUCAUUGCGGUGUGCGGGCUUCUCAUUGUGGUGGCUUCUCUUGUUGCAGAGCAUGGGCUCUAGGAGCACGGGCUUCAGUAGUUGUGGCAUGUGGGCUCAGUAGUUGUGGCUCGCAGGUUCAGUAGUUGUGGCGCACGGGCUUAGUUGCUCUGCGGCAUGUGGGCUCAAGCCCAUGUCCCCUGCACUGGCAGGCUGAUUCUUAACCACUGUGCCACCAUGGAAGCCCGAGAGCACUAUUUAAUAUGCUAAAGGUUAUAAUAAUUCUUUUAUGAAGAACUUAAAUUUUUCAUCUGCUAGUUACGAGUUUUUUGUUGUUGUUGUUGUUGCUGUACGCAGGCCUCUCACUGUUGUGGCGUCUCCCGUUGCGGAGCACAGGCUCCGGACGCGCAGGCUCAGCGGCCAUGGCUCACAGGCCCAGCCACUCCGCGGCAUGUGGGAUCUUCCUGGACGGGGGCACGAACCCAUGUACCCGGCAUUGGCAGGCGGACUCUCAACCACUGCACCACCAGGGAAGCCCACGAGUUUUACAAUGAGGCUUUAACUUUAUCUCCCUGGCGGGCAGUUUUUGUUUUUAAUUUGUUUUGUGGAAGUUAGAGUCAGUGGUCCUUUUCCCUGAGGCCUGGUGAUGAGUUUAGGAGCACCCAGCCCUGUGAGGGGCCAGUGGACUUAUCCUGAACCCCUUGAACUUUUAUCUGCUUCAGCAGUUUGGGAAAGUAGCCUGUUAGGCUGGUAGCCGGUUAGUGUUGCCUGUCAUUUUAUCAGGGAGUUGGUUGGGACUCUUGAGAUGGCAUUGACAUUUGCAUGCUCUGAUUGUUUGACCAGAGGUGGCACGUCAUUCAUGGCCUUUCCACCCAGUUCUGUGGUAGCCUCUAAACACGAUAGAGAACGCAACCCUCGUUUCUAGAAGAUGAUUGUCAUGCUGUGUAGCUCAGCGUGCCACUACGAGUUUUUUCAUUCCAAGUCUUUGGACUUCAUAACAUUGGAAUUGUUUUCUCAUCACUUCCAACAUUCCAUAAAUAUUUGUCAAGGACAAAGAAAAGGAAUGUGGAUCUUUAUUCUUCUCAUAUAAAUAACUUUGUACACAUGACUUCCUGCUUUCAUAUGAAGGAGAAGAAACUAGCUCCCUUGUAUGGCAGCUCCAAAACUAAAAGAUUGUUGGACGUAUAAGGGAUUGAAUAUAUUUUGUAAAACGCUAAUGCAUUUGUAUCUCUGUGCUGUUCUAAAGAUUACCUUUUUACUUAUAUUAAUUAAAGAUAUAGAAACUAUAUAUUUAAAUCAUGUUAAAUGGGACACAACUUAGGGAUUUUCCUCAAUCUUAUUUUUCAUCGGCUUCUCACACUCAUAUAGUAUGCUGCUCAAAUUUUUUUGUGUGCAAUAUGAAUAUUUGAACAUUUCAGUGAGGUACUGAGCCAGAAAAGGUAAUUGAAGUUUUUAGAAAACUUACGUGCUUAGAAAAUAUAUUGUUUUCUUUAAAUAUUAGUAAUUUAUAGCUGGAAAUAUAGGAUCAAGACUUGUUUCAGGCCACUUGAUCACUGGUUCCUAAAUUUAGGAAGCAUAUGAUUAACAAGUUGGUGAAAGCAUUUAGUGGGUACAGGAAUAGUUUAAAUACUUGAGAUUAAAGGUUUUUCACAAACCCCAUUCUAAGAAAGUUUAGCUUAGAAAUCUUAGAAAGUUUUCUUAGGAAGUUUAGAGCUGUGGUACAUGUUUUGAUUAGAAAGAUAGUUUCUCUUUGCUCUAGUAGUUUUAUAAUUUGUAGUAGUCUUUUGUUUCUGUUGUCAUUUGUUUUUUAAAAAAUGUUAAAAUUAUAAAUCACGUCCAAUCAUACUGAAUUGUAAAACUUCUACUGUAUCUUUAUUUUAAGGAAAAAUGAGAAUAAAAUUAUCCUGUUUCUCCUGCA